AUGACGACGCUUCAAAAGCGGACAUCCAUUCCCCUAGCCUUACCGACUUCACUACCCUCAAAAUCAGAGCGAUUGCAGUCGCUAGCUAUUAGGCAAGACCGCUGGACCAAAUACACCAUCCCGAAUGUCGACGCCGAAGCCGUUUGUCGCGCAGUGACUCUGCACAAAGCUUUCGAGUUACAAGAGGGCUACGUUAUCCCGGAUCUUCCGAAGUUUAGCGACCUUACCACAUAUGGGGAUCUCAAGGAAGAAGAUGAUGACGAGCUCUGUGAGUUGGAAGCGCGUCGAUUGGUUCAAAUCGCGAAUUCAGAGACUGCUAUCAAAUUUGAGGGCAGUGACAGCAUGCUUGGACCAGCCGACGCCAAAGGGUAUUUUAGACUCCAUUGGCUGGGCCAACGUCUGAUUCAAUCUCUGCACAUCUGCAAACAUGACGCGCUUGUGGUCAUGGUUGAACACAUCGACCGAAACUUGCGUGGUUAUGCUGGCACACAAGAACGCCUGUUGGCAUACUUCGACCCUGCUACAGGGGACGAGCGGUUCUCAGGGCCCCUUCUACUCCAAGGAGAAGAGUAUCAACGUUAUUUCCACGCAAUGGUUAACUAUCUCACUGCGGUACUCGUCAAGAUCGUUCUUCAGAGCUUCAGGGGCACCUAUUGGAUCAACAACAUCAUCGCCGUAAUUGCGCGAAUAUCAGCGAAAAUGAAAGUCGUCGGACAUGAUCUCCCUGCGGCGACGGAACAGACACUGCAGAAUGGCAGCGAUGCACGAUCGCGCAUCCAAAAACGGGAGGCAAAGAAUGCUGCCUAUUACGCAAAUAAUUCAGGUCUUGGAUUUAACAGAAACUAUAAGGCUGCUCCGCCUCUUCCAAACCGUGCUGGAUAUGCGACCAAGUACUUCUCGGAAAUGGAUCUCUUGCACAACGCCGUCGUCCAAAUGUUGAUCGACUCGCUGAGCGCAUUUGCCGUCAGCAACCAUUUGGCUCCUGGAGUUGACGAGUUUGAAAGUAGUAUCGCGCUGUACGAGUCUUUCAUCACUUCAGAACAGAUUCUUCUUUGCGAACAGCGAGACGGUGGCAUUGGUGCGGCUAGCGAAACGGGUGUCACACGUGCCUUUACAGCUGGUUUCGAAGUCUGCCUCAGGACAUGGGAGGCUCUCAAGAAGGACCCUACAUGUCAUACAAAUGUCAGCUGGACAUCGCUCAAAUGGAGGUGCUCUUACGUGGAUGACGAGGGUGAACUAAGGCCCAAGAGUCGAAAGGGCGCGGUCAAAUUGGGGUCCAUGACGAGGGUCAUUACAGCAACCGUACCUUACGCCAUGAGCUCAGGCACUUUCAGUGCUUCUCUUCAUAACCUCAUCGACAAAAUCCUCUUCAGCUCCGGCAAAGACAACCGUUUUGCAUUGCUCCUGGUGGAGCAGCCCAAAAUGAUCUGUACCGCGAUUUUACGGACCAGCCAGUACGAGUCUCGGCGGCCAAACGAAAGAGAAAACAGCGAUGCUUGUCCUGUUUCCGAGACUUUCUUGCUCCAAAAAAGGGCGGUUGGCCAUAAUGAGAAUGGGAGUUCUUCUGACACUUACGCCCAAACGCUAAGCUGGGCCGUGAAGAGCCCGAAUAAGACGGUGACAUUGAGCGACCGGGAACAAGCCAAAAGGAACCUUGAAGCGGUGAAGAACAAAUACUUCAAAUGGGUCACUGACGCCAAUGCCAUUGUCAUCUCCUGCAAAUGGUAUACUUGGGGUUCUCUCGUCGGCUGCGCCAUUCUCGUCCUUGGCGGGCUUGCAGUCGGUUUCACAGUGGGCGAUCGAAUUCACGGUGUUGACCCAUUCAAUAUUAGUGUGUUUUGCUGGGUUCUCGCUGGAUUCAUCUUGAUUGUUGCAAAGGCUUUUCUCGUGGAGAACUGGCCGUGGAGUCAUUUCCUGAGAGGGCAAGUUACUUGCCGUUCUGUGGGAGAAGUCGUGGCUGUCAGCGGCGUCGACGAACAAUUACUCAUUGCGCUUUUGCUCAGGAUCGACAGCCAAAUCUACCUUCGAACCAGAGGACCAUUUGACAUCCUGUUUCUUCGCCACACUGAUGACAUACAAGGCGGGUUCUCCAUCGACGCACCGAUCAAGAUGUCAACCGCCGUCGAAGGAGGUUUGAUACCAAUUAAAAUCCUUGCAGAUUGGGGCAUUGGGUUGAUCUUCCUCUCUGCGCGAUCCUGGUCAUCCUACAAUGUUAUUUCUAGCUCCCAGAAUUUUGAAGAAGAACUUGUAUGCAAAGAUAUAACUCAUCCGGCUUCGUGGGUGGAUGGCAAGAUUCCUUGUUAUAGAAUUAGAUGGGAAGAGGUAUACAUUCACCAGGUCUUAGGGGUUUUUGAGCAAGAAUGCUAUUUCUACUGA